AUGGUCGAGCAAGACACAACCCAAGCUUUGAACGCAAUGAUGGAAGGCACACUACUCGACGAUACCGAUGCCUUAGGAUCCGAGAUCGAUGAUAUCCUGUCAACUGACCAGUCCUUACGUCGUCUCAACAACGAGUCGAAGAAUCACAGCAAUUCACAAGCUAUUGCACAGUCACCACCCAUGGCGAGCUCGACACUCUCUCGCGCUCUAAAGGCAACCUCCGGCAGUGAAAUUCUCCGAAUGCUCAGCGCUUUCCAAAGAGCGCAGAUACAGCAAAUAUUCCUCGAUUCAUCCAAGACUGUUUCUGCCUGCCCAUUCUUGGACAUAUUCCCAUCAGAGCUCCGCAACAAAAUAUAUGGUUAUCUCCUGGUAAAUCCAGAGCUCGGCAAAGCUUCCUCUAUCUACGAAGAGUGUACACCAAUACUGUACGGGCGAAAUGAUUUCCUUAUUGAAUGCGUUGAGUUUGGUAUGAGUCCGUUCAAUGAAACACGUACAAAAAUUAACAUCUCGCCACUGACACGAUACUUGCACGACAAGGAAGUCACAAAACAACACGAGCGCCCUUUGCUUGACGACAUAGUCAUACUUAAGCAUGUCAAGCACUGGGAGCGGCGAAAAGACUUCAUCGACAUCAUUCGAUCCGCAUAUGGUUUUCGGCAUUUGGUAUUUCGCAUGGUAUUGGAGCUAGCCACGAAGAUCGCCAUUCGAAAGCAAAAGCUUCUGUUUACUACUCGCUACGAGGCUCUCCCACGAGAACAAGCCAUGAAGCUGUGCGAAAUGGCAUACGAGAAGCAAUGGUGGAAUCGUUUUGUGCACUACUACAAGGAAGCUGUGGAUGACAUGGACACCCAGUACCUUGCAAUCAGAGACGCUCGGAAGAAGCUGUAUGCAUGGGGCCUGGCGUCGACCGUUCGCGAAGUUGAUGUCAAGCCCAUGCUUUGCGACGAAAUGGUUGACUGGGACGUGUGGGAGCCAGAUCUGCGCAUCAAUGAGUUUGAUCACGAGUAUCGGUACUAUCCCGAAGAUGAUCAAGAUAGCGAUCACGAGGGCUCUGUUGAAGGGUCUGAGGUCCUUUACUUUCGACAGAAGUAUUCCCUCAGCAUGAUUCAUACCGAAAUCUCAUCUGCCAAAGGACCUCCGAUUAUGGAAAGAAUCAAUGAACAAGUCUCAACAGUCAUUACGCAUUUGUCUACCCCCCAGCGUGGUAGCACUUUAUCGACAGCUCGGCCAAACUCAACACUGAAGGGCGUUCCGCUCAAAUUGCGAAGACAUAUUUGGAAAUACCUUUUGCUCAACCCUGAUCUCGGAGACGUCCAGUCAGUCCAAGGGAAGGAUGGUUAUGGUUUGGGAACCAAAUAUGGACUCGCACCUAUCAUUCUAUGCGGCGAGAUCAAUUACCAUUCUUUCCUAAGUAUGGUGAAAAACGUAAAGCAUUGGAAGAUACUUUUCUCUGCAAAUGGGAAACUAGAAGAUUCCACCGUUGUUAGCUUUUGUCGCUCUAUAUGCCACAGCCAAGUCAAAUCAAUCGAGGUUAUGAUUAUUCCUUAUGAAGUUGGAUAUCAUCAUUUCGAUACCGACUCGGAAGAAUUUUCCCAAAUGCCAAACGCUAGGCAAAUGCAGUGUGGGAUUUCUCCAUUUCAUAUUCUUCGGAACAUUGAAAAGGUUAUCAUUCGCGAAGCAGACUUGAAUGAGAUGCCCGACCUUUUUAACUGCGAGAAGGACUAUGAUCGCCAUCGACGGAGUAUGCUAUUGCCAGAUCCAACAUAUCAUUCGGAACCUGUCGCAUUACUCCAAAGCAACACAGAAGUGGAGCUAUUUCACGAAAUUUACGACUCUUUUCGCAGAUACGCUCAGGCUUUUGAACGAAUCACUAGGUUCAGAAGAGAAAUGAAGUGCCCACCGUUUGAUUUCAAUUUCAAUUGGGAAAAUCCCUUUCGCUACAAUGCCAAAUAUCAUCCUGUAGAGGAGGCUCUUUGCAAGGCUACCCUUAUGAUCCAUCAUGAUGAACCAAAAUUGAAAAGUGGAAAUAUGGCUGAGUUGAAAAGCCUUCAGUCAAACGCUCUCAGGUUUCUCGAACGCCAACUAAAAGAGUCUUAUCAAAAGGAGUUCGAAAACCUCCAGCGGGAAGUUGCCUUGAGAAAAUGCACGGAGGCUUACACGAAUGGCAACCACGAAAGCUUUCUCAAGUACUUCAAACUUGCAGUUGAUGAUAUGGAUGCCCAAUAUCUGGAGAUACGACAAGCUAGAAAGGGGCUCUUUCAAUGGGAUCUGCAGAGGCCAGGAGAAACAACUGAGAUUGAUGUUAUGCCUUACAGAUGCGAUGAAAGAAUCGAGUGGGAUAAGUUUGAACCAGACAUGAACUUAAAACGCCCCGCUGAAGAUGAUACUACAAAUUUGAGUUCUUCGUGA